AUGAGCCAUUGGUCCAAAGAAGACAGUGAGGGCCCGCGACAUGGCAUAAGAGUACGCAAUCCACUGGGUUCUCUGAAGCUUCUUUUACGGAAGGACAAUACUGUCUUGGUUCUGGCCUGGGGGCUCGUUUAUACUAUAUACGCGUGUAAUAUUGCUACCUCGGCGACACUUCUCAUUGACAUAUAUGGCUUAUCUGAGUGGCAAGCCGGGCUCAGUUACUUGCCAUUUGCUCUAGGUGGGACGUCCUCGACAUUCUUCUCUGGAUGGCUGCUGGACAGGACAUACAGGAUCGCCCGCACCAAGCGUGGUCUGUCAACCGACAAGGUGCGAGGAGAUGAUCUGGAUAGUUUUCCCAUUGAGAAAGCCCGACUGAAUGUCAUGUGGGCACCCACGGCUGUGAUCGCUCUUUGUGUCGUAAGCUACGGCUGGGCUCUUCAACACAGGCAGCAUCUUGCCGCCCCACUGACGCUGCAGUUCAUCGUGGGUCUGGCUCUCCAGCUCAACUUUACUGCUUUUAACACAUUACUUGUGGAUAUCAAUCACCGAAAGCCCUCAGCGGCCAACGCUUCCACAAGUGUGGUACGGUGCGCCUUCGCUGCCCUGGCAGUCGCAUACAUAGAGGACUUGAUCCAAGCCAUUGGCGUCGCUUGGACGUUCACAUCACUUGGAUUUCUCUGUUCUUUAGUUCUUGGUCUGCUGCCUGUAGAAUACAGCAAAGGUAUGUCGUGGAGACAAAGUGCACACAAUACCAACACUGCUUAG